GAUUGUGAAGUUUGGUGUGUGCGUGGGUUGAUGUAUGACCUUUCACCCAGAUGUGAACGUGGCCCAUCUCAGAGGUGGUAAGAGGUCACUGUGUGAUGGCGGAGGAAGUGGGCAAACUGCCUUUGAGGCGUCUUGAGGCACCCGUCCAAAAAUUCAUCAAAGUGGCCAUACCUACAGACUUAGAAAGACUUCACCAACACCAACACAACAUAGAAAAGUUUCAGAGAAACAGACAAUGGGACAAACUCCACCAAGAGCACAUCAAUGCAAGCCGGACUGUGCAGCAACUGCGCUCUAAUCUGCGUGAGAUGGAGAAGUUGUGUGGCCGUGUGCGCGGCGCUGAUGCCCCUGCUCUGGAGAAACUUGUCAAACCAAUCAGAGACCGCGCAUCAACAGCUGCUCAGGACUUUUUACGGUUGAACUCAGAGGCUGUCAAUCAAAAGGGUCCACACCUCCUACAGAGCAGUGCCUCAGACUCCCUUACAGACACAGACCAAUCACACAGCAAUGAUGAAAUGGGCGGGGCUUAUCCUCCUGUCUGUCAAACCCAGCUGACUCUGCCUCAGAUCCCACCUGAACAGAAUGCAGCUGAGUCCUGGGAUUCACUGGAAGAGGACCUGCGGGAGCUGGAUGAUUUAGUGACUCAAUUCUCAACUCUUGUACAUUCCCAGCAGGAGAAGAUUGACAGCAUUGAGGAGAACGUUAGCGUGGCGGCGGCUAAUGUGGAGGAGGGAGCCCAGAGCCUGGGGAAGGCGGCUCACUCCAGGUUGGCAGUGCUGCCGGUGGCGGGGGCUGUGGUGGGGGGUGUUCUGGGGGGGCCUCUGGGUUUGCUGGCGGGGUUUAAAGUGGCAGGGGUGGCAGCCGCCGUGGGAGGGGGCCUCCUAGGGUUCGCCGGCGGAAAUCUCAUCCAGAAAAAGAAGAGAGAGAAAGUGGAGCUCCAGCUGCAAAAGCUAAAGAAUGACAGCGGUACUCAACCUGGACAUGAACUCGCACAAUGACACAGGCACACACACGCACACACACACACACACACACACACGAACAGACAUGUGUGACAUGAACACAAAGUCACACUGAAAACACUACAGCAGCUCAUACUCAACAGCACAAUCUCUGUCUCUCUCUCACACACACACUAAGGGGACUACUGAUCUUAAAAAUGAUCAAACAGACAUCUUAUUAUACUGCCUUAACUCUUCUUGUUUCUGUACCAAAAUGUGUCUGAAUUUUUAAUCUUUCAUGUGUUGCCUAACAGUUGCUUUACCUCUUCAUGACUACAUGACUUUUUU